UCUCUCUUAGCUCACCAACAAUCACAUUCUUCUCCCAUAAGAAAAAAAAAAUAAUCAAAUCCUCCUCCUCUGCUUCACCACCAAAAAGCAUAUUCUUCUCUCGUCUUCUCCGGUUAAUCAAAAUCUCUCCGUGUGAAUCGUUUGUGAAUGGUGGAAACUAAUCCGAUCGGUGGUAAGUUUACGCUCUCCCUUUCCAUCAAAAGGGCGAGCUUUUCUCUUCCUCUCUCGACAUCCUCUGUUUUCGCUUUCGGAUCUUGCAAAGAAGGCUGGUACUUUCGCUGCCUUGGCCUCGACCCGUGAACGAUUCGCCCCUAAAAUUCACAACCCGGAACCCUAAUUUCCUAAAAAGUGGUUCUUUUUUUAUUGAUUCUGUUACUUGUGAGAUUUGCUCUGUUUUUUGUUCUCUCGAUUUCGAAGAUGUUGCUCUACAACAAGCAGAAGAAGAACCAAAACGCUAAAGGGAAUAGGAUUCUCAUUAGCGUUACGGUUUUGGGUAGUGCCGGUCCGAUCCGGUUUGUUGCUUAUGAGGAUGAUCUUGUUGCCUCUGUUAUCGAUACUGCUCUUAAAGGUUACGCUCGUGAAGGUCGUCUUCCUCUUCUUGGAUCUGAUUUCAAUGAUUUUCUUCUCUAUUGUCCUAUGGUUGGACCUGAAGCUUUAAGCACAUGGGAUGCAAUUGGAUCUCUUGGAGCGAGGAACUUUAUGCUCUGUAGGAAACCAGAGGAGAAGAAGGUUGAGGAAAGUAAUGGAAGAUCUGACUCUACCAUUAAUGGUGCAAGAAAAGGUGGAAGCUUGAAGGCUUGGAUCAACAAAUCCUUCAAUCUCAAAGUCUCAAGCCAUUAAGAUUAAUUUUCUUCUCUUUUUUAUGAAAUAAUAAGACCAAUCUUUGUUUUAUCAUCAUUAUGUUCUUUGUUUUUGGUUUUGAUUCCAAAGUUUGUUAUUUUCAUCUUUCAUUCAUGAAUAAAAGUGUCAAAUUCUUCUGGAUUUUGCACUGUUUCAAGUGUUGAAGUUGGUUUCUUUUGAUGCUUCUUCUUGCAAGUUGUCCAACUGAGGAAAUUUGUCAGCAAAUUGUGUACUUUCUCUAGUACAAUUCUGUAUUAUUCGUCUCGUAAAACACGUUUUGAAAUUAUUGUUACGCA